AUGGUGAUUCCGUGGGGAACAAUCCAGUCGCUGCUGCUCUUUUUUGGGCCGCUGCUGCUGCCGCGCGCCAUUGCGCUGUACCGGAGCGUCCAGGCAGCCGCAGCGCGUCAGCAGCAGCAGCAGCAGCAGCAGGCGGGUGGUCCUCGGGAUGUGGAGGGGACUCAUCGGCUGCGGUGGCGCGCGGCGGCGGUGCUGGCGGUGCUGGCGGCGGCGGCCGUGAAGGGAUUCUGGCGGGCGGGCGUGCUGGGCGGCAGCGUGGUGUCGCCGCUGGCCGAGAACAUCUUUGUGGCGACUGCGUCGCGGCUGCAGACGCCGACGGACGUGCUGUUCACGCGGCUGGCAGCACGGCGGCCGGGCCGGCUACUGACGGCGGCCGACGAGGCGCUGCGAGCACGUCUAGUCAGCCUAGACUCGCGGCUACUAUACCUACAGUUCGGGCCGGACGUCCUGGUCGGCUGUCCGUUCUGUGCAGAUGGCGGCGACGGCAGCAAUGGCAGCAGCAGCAGCAGCAGCAGCACGACGGCGUACCUGUGCUAUGCGCUCGUCGACCUGGCCGCCCAGCACCUGACGACGCUGGUGCUGAUCGCCCUGGCGACCUCGCCCUUGGUGGUGUUGGGGCGCAGAGGUGGUGGCGGGAGGGCUAGCGGAUCGGGAGCACCAGGAUCCGACAGGACUGACCUCGCAUACGAUCUUGCUGCGGCUCGCACUCGCCGCUGGCGCACGCCUGCUACCGUGGCUACGCUGCUGCUGGCUGCUGCCGACAUGGCACUGCUGGCCACGUACAACCACCAGGCCAAUGCCCGGGCCACCCGGCUGGCUGACCUCGACUGCUUCUUCUGGACGAUGCAGCGCGUCCGCGGUCUUGUCAGCGGCCUGCUGCUCGGCGGCCUGGGCUUGCUGCUCUACUGCGCUGUCAGCGGGUGGGCACCCAAUCGCCCGGCUGGCCCCCUCCUCCGACUCUUCCUCUUCGGACCGCUGCCGGCUGAGAGCCCGGCUGAACGGAUCACCACGACCGCGCGCGCCCUGGCCACGACCCGCAGCCGGCUCAACGCUGCUGCCAUCGUCAAGAAUACGGCGCUGCGCGACGUCGAGCUUCGGGCUCGCACCCAGGCGUAUUGGGCGCGCGAGGUCGCCCUCGUGGCCGAGGCCAUGGAGGAACGCGACGUCAUCGAGGGCAUCAACGACGCGCUCGAGAACCGUCUGGACAUGCGACAGAUUGAACACGACGCCGACGUGUACGUGCAGAAUGUCGUGCCGCUGCGAGGUGGAAGUGAGAGAAGUGAAGGUGGUGAUGCCGGUGCAUAG